UCUGUGUUUUUUGUUUUCCUUUGUGACAGGGAAUGGUGAUGAAUAUCGGGUGCAGGGCAUAGAAUUCUGAGUUUCUACUACUGUAUAUGUUUUCAUGCCUGAAGACGUCUUUGUAAUGUGAAGCAGGGUAUGUGCACAGUACGGAAUAUGUGAUUGUAUUAUGUUUUGUGUUGUGCUCAUAUAACAGAAGGUACUUGAUUUUGAGAAACUUUUUACAUGAUUAUAUUCUUGCAGACAUAGGUGUCAGCAUGUAUAGGCAGAAUGUAGAUGAUGCAUGACGGUGAUGACAGGUGAGCAGGUGACUGGUGACGACGCUCCAAGGCGGCAAGCCACACACAGCCAACACAGCCAACAAGACAGGCAACCCCGUUGUCAGCAACAAUCACCCAAGCUCCUACUCAUUUGCUUGCCAGCCUGCCACCCCGCAAACACCAGGCACAUACUCCUCUCCUCUCCGCCCGACUCUACUCUACACAACCACCCACCUUACACCGCUGUCGCCCAUUCCCGCCUUGCGCUCCGCCGUGCUCCACUAAUCGCCGCCUCCAGCAGCCCACUAUACUACACCACACCAGGCGCGUGCGAACCGCCUCACGCCCAUUCACCUCUCCUGUCUUGCCUAUACUCUAGUACACCACCUCACUCCAUCCCCACAACAUGGCCGGCACAAGGAAUUACGACUUUCUCAUCAAGCUUCUGCUCAUCGGUGACUCGGGCGUUGGCAAGUCCUGCUGUCUGUUGCGCUUCAGCGAAGACUCCUUCACCCCUUCCUUCAUCACCACCAUCGGUAUCGACUUCAAGAUCCGUACCAUCGAGCUGGAUGGCAAGCGCGUCAAGCUGCAAAUAUGGGACACUGCAGGCCAGGAGCGAUUCCGCACCAUCACGACUGCAUACUACCGCGGCGCCAUGGGUAUACUGCUCGUCUACGAUGUGACAGAUGAGAGGAGCUUCAACAACAUCCGCACAUGGUUCUCCAACGUAGAGCAGCACGCAACAGAAGGCGUCAACAAGAUCCUCAUCGGCAACAAAUGCGACUGGGAAGAGAAGCGGGCUGUAUCCACUGAGCGCGGCCAGGCUCUCGCCGACGAACUCGGCAUCCCCUUCCUCGAAGUCUCGGCCAAGUCCAACAUCAACGUCGACAAGGCCUUUUACAACCUCGCGGCCGACAUCAAGAAGCGCUUGAUCGACAGUGCACAAAAGGAGACGGCCACGAGGAAUGUCGAUGUCGCGGAUCCGGGCGCCGGCGCAUCUUCGGGCGGCAAGUGCUGUUAGGAAGUGCGUGGCGUGGGCGAAUGCGAUUGCGACGGAUUGGUAUGGGAUGGAGCUGGAUGCUUGAAACUGAUGGCAAGGCUUGACAACGAGUGGCAGGCUGCGGUGCUCGCGUGGAAUCACGAGGUCUGUGGGACGAGGGCAUACUUGGUGAAUGAGUGAGUGGCUAAGCGUGCAGACGGGCACGCACUUUUCAAGAAAGCCCUUGGCGAGCGGGUGGAAAUAGGAUUUUGCAGAACCGCCAACGGAAACGACUGGAAAGAGAUGUGGAUGUGUGGCAAGCCUACCUGAGCUUGUUCGCCGUCGAGGGAAAUGUUCCCCGAGCGAGUGAAGGGAAUCUUUCUUUGGUAGGCAACAUUUUGGGGUUAUUGGGUCAGUGGUGGUUGUUGUUGCGCGUGUUGGAUGGAUGGCUGUAGCUAUGCUGAGCAACACGGCAAGC